GCCUCCGCAAUUGCGACACUACCCUACAGCACAUUACAGCAAAUAUCUUGCCGGCAACAUGUCAGAGGAAAAGAGCAAGGGGAUUUCCCUCCGCAAGAAGCGUUCCGUGCGCCCCAAAAUCAGCGCCCCGAAGCAGAUCAGCGCACCUAUGCCCACAGGACUAGCCGCUGCAACCCUCUCUUCAGGCACGGGAGCAGAGCGUCUGCGACCGGGCGGUGGCCCUGGGCCUAGGGAACCGGACGCGCCCCGGCAGCGCCCGCCGCAGGGCGAGAAGACGGCGGACUUGGUCAAGAGGAGGUACUCAACGCGGUUCACGAAUCUGCCUACAGACUUUGGCGCGGGAGCUCCACCACUGCCCUCGAUGCCCGGGAUACCAACCCAAUAUGCAAGUCAGCCGCCUUCUAGGGAUGGGAGGCCGCCUGGGAGCUCUGAUGGGCAGCGAGUGAAGGUCGACGAGAAGGCACUAAGGGAUCCAAACUUGCGCCCUGAGCAGUAUGUCGCCACGUUGCUCUCAGAUGCUUCAGAACAAGACAUUCGAGAUUACCAGGACAAGCUACGUAAAUUGAAGAACCGCACCUCGACCGACCUCCAGCACAAUGUGUACCAGAACCGAACUCAAUUCAUCAAGAUCAGCAAAGAGGCGGAGAAGCUCAAGGGCGAAAUGCGGAUGCUUAGGACAUUGAUGUCUGAGCUGACGAGCACAUUGGGGCAGACGACAUCUGCAUCUGGUUUGGGAGGGGACGCCAUAACCGCAAGAAAGCAGGCCAAUAGGAGCUCCGUUGCCAAUUUGGAGGCUCUGUGGAACUCGCAUCUUCAGACUUUGUGGAAACGCGUUGAAGGAUCACAGAAGUUCUUGCCCGCGAUACCUGGGCGGCACAUAAUACACGAGUCCGGAAAAUGGGUGGAACUUAACGCUGCAACUUGGAAGAUCAGGCGGCGGAUUCACUUGAUCUUGCUAAACGACCACUUCUUGGUGGCCUCGGAGAAGAAGAGAGCAGAUAUGGCGGGGCAAAAUCCUCGAGACGCAAAGCAGAAGAAGAACCAAAUCCAGACACAACUAGUCGCGCAACGGUGUUGGCCGCUUCAAGACGUCCAGAUGGCAGAUUUGUCUUCUCGAUCUGCCCCCGGAGGUCGUGAGCGUGAAGGAAAGGGAACAACGGAUGCGAUCAAUAUCCGCGUUGGCACAGAAUCGUAUACGUUUGCUGUGUACGGCUCUGAUGUUAGCGAGAAGAAUACUUUGCUUUCUACAUACCGCAAGACUCUGGAAGACCUUCGGAGGACUAUGGAGGUCGAAACUGAAGAGCGAGGAAAACAGCAAGAUUCAGUCAACUAUUUUGCCACUCGGGAUCUAAGCAUUUUAAAGAAAGCCGAUCUCCUAGAGAGUCUGUCCGAAAGCACAGUCAACCAUAGGUCAAGUAUGUUUGUGGACGUGGAUGGGAAGCAGCAGAGCAUUCGAUGGGUGGAGAGCCAGCUGGAUGACCUCGACAUCGACAUCGCUCUCCAACGCUUUGAGAAAGCUGUUUCCAGGGUGGAGAAAUUGAAGUCAUUGGCAAAGAACAUUAAGAGCAAUGCUGUUGCUCAGAACCUCGUCACGUUCAAAGUCAACGAAAGAGCUGCGAAGCUUGCAACAGUACUGAUACGGCAAUUGGUUGAAGAUAAUUCUUGGUUGACGUCGACGAAGACUCAUGUCCACUGGGUUUUCAGACUCGGGUUCGAGGACAGAGCCAGGGAUGCAUAUCUUGAAGCAAGGGGUGCCGUAAUCAAGACGCGAUCUAGACAAUGCAUCUUCGAGGGCCACCUUCCUGAGUAUAUCUACCAAAUCUCCUUCAUCUACUUUACCAUUAUCAAGAAUACGGUGCAUAUCUACCAGAACUGCUUCCCGCACGUCAUGAUGUCCGCGUGCAUCAAGUGGGCGAAAGAGCAUAUCGACGAGUUCAACGUAAUCUUGGCACGCCAGCUGAGCAGCGUGGAUACCGAGAGUCCGCUGUGGAAAGAGUGCAUGGACCAAGCGCACGCACACGCAGCAAUGCUGACAGAAGUUGGAUUGGAUUUCAAGGACUUAAUAGGGAAGGGCAUGGAGGAUGGAGGUGUUUCUAAUCGAGCAAACAAUGGGCCUGUUGGUCUAGGCGUGACCUCCUGAACGCCCUCAAUAGUAACUAUGUAAGCAGUCUUGGUUAUCUACCAUACUUUGGAGUAUCGAUUGAAGGGAAUUCGUGCUUCCCAUGUCCUUCAUGCAUUGC